CCCCACCGUGUUCGAGUUCCCACCACCAACGUGAAGCGAUACCAUGGGCAACGGCAGGAAACCGCAGCGCAACAACAAGCGUAAGGCUGCCGACGCGGGCGACGAUGUAUCGUCGCCGUCCAAGGAAGAUGAAUGUAAAGUGAUUGUGAUGAACUUUGGCGCGUGGAAGACCAAGAAAGAUUUGGAGAUUGUGUUGUCUGAGCACAACCACGUGUACAAGGCGAUCCAGAAGCUGAACAAGAGCUCGUUCGGGUUCAUUGUGUAUGAAUCCAAGGAAGAGCGAGACACCGCUCUCGACGUUCUUUCCAAGAUCGAUUGGAUGAACAGUGAAAAACUCGAGGUCAAACCCGCGUUGGCAAAGCGCAGCCUGAAGCCAAUGCGCGUCGACCCAUCGGACGACUCGAGCACCGCGGCCAAAACCGUCAUGGAUGCUGUGACCCCAUGGCGAAAUGUUCCGUACGCCGAACAGCUAGAGCGCAAAGACGACGCGAUGAAGAAGGUGUUGGUGCGUAUCGUGCGACAAACGCGCAAGGAGUACAUGGACAAACAGAAGCGCGUCUCGGAGGAGCGCAAGCGCCUGCGCAAGUUGCAAGGGGUUGCUACGCUCGACGAGGUUGUAGGAGGUCCAUCCGAAGUGAUUGUGCCCUCCUGGCUCGACAGCACGGGGUCGCUGUACCUCCUCACCCCAUCUGGUCUGUAUGCGCAAAGCCUUCAGAGCGAAGACGCACCGUGGGUGUUCCAGGCCAAGGCCGACGGCUUCAAUGGGCUCAUCUCGUUUGCGUCCGACUUGAUUGCAACCAACACAGAUGGCCUUUUGUACACCUUCGACACGGACGCUCGUACCUGGUCGCAGUACUCAGCCGCACCCGCCGUCACGUCGGUCACUGCGAUGGCGUCGUUUCGAGGGCAUUUGGUGUGUGCCACUUCCGACGGACAAAUCUUGAAACGUGUGGUGGAUGGCCAACGUGCCGAUGCAACAUGGGUGCCGCUUGCGUCGCUGGACGUAGCAGCCACCGCAAUCACAGUGCACCAGAGUUUCUUCUACGCGACUCUGGCGGACGGCACGUGGAAGCGCGCGCCGUUGACGGCGGAUGCAACAGAAGCGCUUGUGUUUGACACGUGCCCUUUUUCGCACGCCAACGUGACUGGAAUGACGUCCCACGACGCCAAGUUGAUUGUGGUCCUGCAGGAAUUCCCAUCGGCGCGGACGGAAAUUGUUUUUUUGAACGAUGAUGGCAUCACCCGCGCCAAGAAAGAGAUUCUGCUUGAGAACAGCGCGCAGACGGGGGCCGUCGUAGGGUUUGCGUCCCACAAGGGCUUGUGCUGCUCGAUGAAACCAAUCACACCGUCGCCCGCGCUGGAAGGAUAUCGCAACAAGUGCGAAUUCAGCUGCGGGUACGACGCGGACCGCAAGCCCAUUGUCGGUUUUCGGUUUGGGACGUACAAGGAUGGCCUCGUGUCCGUCGGGGGCCCCGAUGACUGCGUCAAUGUGCCGGCUUCCAUGAAGGCCAUGGUCAAAACAUUCCAAGAGUUUCUGAAUCAAUCCGAGCUGCCCGUAUAUGACGUAACGACCCACGAAGGCGUGUGGCGCCUCCUCACCAUCCGGGCGAGCGUCCACACGAAGGAGGUGAUGGUGUGUGUCCAAGCCAACCCGUCGAGCCUGGACGAAACGACCUGGGAAGCCGCAAAGUCGAACGUUGUGGCUGCGAUGACGUCGAAGCAUGCGAUCGCGUCGUUCUUUGUGCAAGAGUACACGGGGGUGUCUGCCCCCGAAGAGGACCAUCCCGUGGUCCACGUGUACGGCAAGACGCAAAUCGAAGAGGAGCUGCUUGGUCUGCGCUUCCGCAUCUCGGCCAACGCUUUCUUCCAAGUCAACACGCCCGGCGCUGAAGCUCUCUACUCUCUCGUCCGUGAAUACGCUGCAGCCGACGACAAGACCCAAGUGUACGACGUGUGUUGCGGGACUGGAACGAUCGGGCUCUGUCUGGCAGCCGAUGCCGGCAAAAUCGUCGGGAUCGAGUUGUGCAAAGCCGCGACUGAUGAUGCUGCCGCCAACGCCACGAUCAACGGCAUUUCGAACGCUACCUUUGUCAACGCAAAAGCUGAAGACGUGAUGAAGGAGGUCCUCCGCAAGCCGCGAGAAGGCAACGACCUUCGCUUGGAACGCGCGGUCGCUGUCGUCGAUCCACCCCGAGCGGGUCUCCACAUCAAAGUCCUUCGCGCCCUCCGUGCCUUCAGGCCUGUCACACGCAUCGUUUACGUGAGCUGCAACCCCACCGGGUCGCUCGUCGAGAAUGCAGCUACGUUGUGCGGUCCCGAGACGAGCAACUUGAAGGGAGCUGCCUUCAAGCCCGUGGCCGCGGCCCCCGUCGACAUGUUUCCUCACACGGAGCACUGCGAAAUGAUCAUUGUAUUUGAACGACAAUCGAAUUAGAGUUAUAAUGCGACCAAUGGCAACGUGAUGUACGAUACAUGGACCGUCCAACUUGACAGAGGAUAGACUUCGACGACGUCAGCGCGCUUCCUUGGGCAAGCAACUAGCAAGUGGGCACGCAACAGGCCCACGUGGUUGCCUCGUUUAACGAGCAAAGCCUGUGGUAGCGAGUACUUGAGAAG